AUGAACGAUGUAAUACAAGAAAACUCAGAUUACGAAGAUGCAAUGCUUGCAAAGUUACAACACUUUGACGAUAUAAUAACCACACAUAUGGACAAUACAAAUAUUGCAGCCACAGCUUCCCAAAACCAGACACCACCAGAAGUCAAAUUGCCAUCACUCAAUCUCCCAACUUUUUCUGGUACAGAGGAUGAGAGUUGGGACAACUUCUGGAGGAAAUUUGUCGAUUCUGUGGAUUCUAAUGCCAAUGUACCAAGGACGACAAAAUUUACAUAUUUGCAAAGUGUUUUAAAGGAUGAAGCGUUACAGGUGGUCUGUAAUCUGACCUUCAAUGAUAAUGGUUAUGGCAAUGCCGUACAGCUCCUUAAGGAUAAUUAUGCUAAGCCAGAAAGAACUAUCAGACUUCUAACCCAGAAGCUGCUGGACAUUAACCCUCCAACUA